AUGAACGAGAAUAUGUUGAACAAUCUAGGAGGUCCGGCAGGUGCGAAUACGACGAGCAGUUCGUCAAGCACGUUCAAGAAGAAAGAUCAUGGAGGUGGCUACUACAAGAGUGCUCCUAGCAGCAACAAGAGCAACAUGAUAAGUGUUGACGCUUCAACACUACGAGCCAUCAAGGAAGAAGUCGGUAGUCUACAAUCUAGUUUACACCGCACGCGCUCACAGAUCCCGGAGCUACAGCGUCGCUUGCAGGAAGAGGAGGCGAAAGUAAUCGCAUUGCAGUCGAGGGGAGCAGAAGAGUUGCGACAGAAGGAUUUGCGCAUUCGUGAACUCGAACUCGCAAACGAGGCAGCGAAAACAGACCUGCCGCUAGGUCCGCAACUGCAGGAACUCUACACGGAUUUAAGUAGGGCGCGAGAAAGGGAGCAGACUCUCAUUGCGGAGAAAGAAGAAGUGCAGCAGAGGUAAACAUCAUUUUGUUGGAUACUAGGAUGUACUCAGGGUGAUCUCCGAUAGAUGUGCAAGGCUUAGACAAGGUACUCAAGUUUCCGCUCCAGCAUACAAAGUAUCAACUUGCAUUAUAACAUCUUCUUUUUGACGAACUUACGAACAAAAAAUAAUCGUAAGGUCUACCGCACAAAUCGCAGAAUUACAAUCUACUGUUGACGAGCAGAAAGGAAGACUCGGGAAAUAUGAGGAAUUACAACGAAAAUGGACUCAAGCAGCACGCCUCGACGAACAGAAAAUGCGAGACCUUCACGCCAGGAUUGAAGAGUACUAAUUUAUUGUGAUGUAGUUGUGGACGAAUUCCAUACAUUCUUAUGUAAGUAUGAUUUGUGGUCUUAGAAAUACUAGAACUUGGCAUUUUGACGACCGCUGAAGAUUCCUUUUUUUGCUUCUCACAGGUUGGAGACAGCGCUUGGGAGAUCCUGAUGACCUGCCAUUUGGGAGAAUACACGCUGAAAACGCAAUGUGCAUACGCAGCCUUGAGGAUCUUAGAUACAUACUUACACAAAAUUGGAAUUGUGACUUCGAUAUUAGUAAAAGGUAGCCCACCUAGUAGUUGCAUAAUCGACAGAUAGAAUUUUCACACUCACACAUAGAUGAAUCAAUAGUGUGUUGCAAGGAGAACGCUGACUCAAUACCACCGUGUUUAUUCUUGCAAUACUCAACGCGAGCCUUUUAAUAUGAUAAGUUUGAUCUUCAUAAUACCAUACGAAUGCCCUCGCUCAUACCCAGACCAUAAUGGCAAGCACAUCAACGAAAUCGAAUUCGUGGCCUCCAUAAGUACAUGGGAUACACUGACCUCAUUUACAGCACUAUGCCGAUGAUCAAUCACACUAAGAG